CCUGGGUUUUCUGGAGAAUACGGUAGCCCUGCCUGGAUCACGUGUUUAUUUCCCCUUCUGAGUGUGGAAAGAGAGGAAAAAAAGCCCAAAGGGGGAGGGAAACAUGCUGGUGAGCGCAGGGGAAGCGGUGCCACCGUAAGCGGCCGUAGCGACAGACGCUCCCCAAGCGCCCGGCUGGAGAGCAUGCCCGGGGCUUGCUAACUGGGGAGACACCAGCCUGGGCAGAGCGCGCGCGCCCGGCAGCAUGGGGAUGUGCUACAGCCUGCGAGCCAGGCUAAUCGGAGCCCACCACGCCAUCGCCUACGGCGGGGAUGGGGACCCGCACGCCGGACCGCUGGAGCACGCGGACCCGCAGCUGAUCCACCGGCUACGGCAGGAGCUGGUCGCCAAGGAGAAGGCGGACAAGAAAAGGAGCAAGAGCAUCGACAAGACGCUGAAAGCCGAGAAGCGGGAGUACAAGCACACCCACCGACUGCUCUUGCUGGGUGCUGGUGAAUCUGGUAAAAGCACAAUAGUCAAACAGAUGAGGAUCUUACAUGUGAAUGGAUUUAAUGCUGAGUAAGUGAAUUCAUCUUUUUCACUACAUAUCUUAGGAUGUAUAUAUCAUACAAUAGUGGUUACAUUUGUAUUCUCCGUAUAUUUCCUUUUUAAUGUUAUGACAUAGCAUGUUCAGAUGUAAUCACUGUUCCUGUGUGCAGUUUAUGUGGAAGAAGUCAGAUAAUAGUAAUAACUAAAGUGACAUUGCUAGCCAAUGAUUUUAUCAAGGCUCUGUGUAUCAGACUUGAUUAAGACUAAGGUUGUUUUUUUGUUGUUGUUUUUUUUACUGCAGUUUCUUUCAUAACAUGGCUGACACUGAUUUACCUCUGCUGUAGCACAUUGAUUCAUGCUGCUCUAAACAUUUUAUCUUGUUAGAUUAUAAAGUAAAAAACAAAUGCAUUUGUUUCGGUAUCUUCAUUAUGUACUCUGGUUUGUGAGACUUUGGGGUUCUGAGUUAGAUUUUCUUUUCCUUUCCUUCGUUUGUCUACAGUGAUGGUCUAUUAAAUCGUGUUGCUUAAAGUGUUUUUGUUUACACUUAUCAAAUUAUGUGGCAGUAUUGAUGGAGAAAGUAUUAGGCAUUAAAAGUCAUUCUUACCAAUAGUUUAGUUUUUAAUUUUAUGUAUAGUUAAAACAGCUUUGCAGCUUUAUCUCAGUGCUAUAUCAAAUGUUGAUGAUACAGUAAAACCUGUGUUAUCCAGCACGCUCGAGGAUUAGGGCAUUCCGGUUAUCUAAAAACUCCGGUUAUCUGAGGGUCCCGUCAACCUAGGAAAAACCAAUGGACAAUAAUAGUAAAACUCGAGUUUUUAAUAUUGAUAGUUUUAUAGUGUGAUGCAAUUGGUCUCACGUUUCUAUUUCUAUUUUGAG